AUGAGAACUUCAGAUCAGGUCAAGAGUGAGAUGCGUCUGGCGAGCCAGUUUAAGGACGCCAUCAAUGGCUUGAAGGGACCGUCGGCCUUGAUGAACUUGAAAGGUCUGGACCUUGUGAACGGCUACAGCGUCGAGUAUAUGCACUGUGUUCUGCUAGACGUUGCGAAGCAGGUAAUAGAAACGAUUCUGCCAACUUCAAACUCUCAUCAGCGCUUCUAUUCUGGUUCACCAUCAGCACUUUCCCAAAUAGAUGCACGGCUUUUGUCCAUCAAGCCACCCCAUUGCAUCACAAGGCUGCCACGGUCCAUUCAGGAAAGGAGCUACUGGAAGGCAUCGGAAUGGAGACACUGGGACCUUUUCUAUUCCCUGCAUUGCCUUAGUGGCAUUCUCAUUGAAGAAUACUGGAGGCACCUUUCCAAACUUUCCGAAGGUGUAUAUAUCCUGCUUAAGAAUGAACUCACUGCUCAAGAAAUUGACAAAGCCGAGUUUCUUCUGACGAAGUUCGUGUCACGUUGCGAAGCCUUAUACGGUGUGUCAUUUAUGACGUACAAUGUCCAUGCUCUCCUCCACCUUGCAAGCUGUGCUCGUUCCCUUGGGCCUCUUUGGGCACAUGGUGCCUUCGUGUUUGAAGGAGGAAAUGGCACCAUCCAUCGUGCCAUCAUCGACUCUUCCCGGGCCGAGGUGGCGCUCUUCCCGUUCUAUGACGACGCAUUGCCUGACCUUUCUAAAAGUACAGCCCAAAAGCUCACUGUUGUGUCCGACACGGACAUACCACCCGCAAUCCCUGGGCUUUCAAACAAGUUUCUCGCGCGCUACGAUGGCCCCUACCGCAUCAAAGGCCACACGUCCCCUGUCAACUACAUAGUUGAACACUUGACACCACCCCACGACCACAGACAUCGUGGUCCUGACAUGGUUCAUGUCAGCAGACUUAAGCCAUACUAUGCCCCUUGA